AUGGAUAAUCUUCACAACUUGAACUUGCGACUUUAUUGGAACUCUGAUCUGGUCGAAGCCAUAGCAAGCCACAUGCAACGAAAGUUGAAGUAUCUUCGCAUCACCAUUGAACCGACUGUGCCAUCUCCCAACUUGAACAGAGACUAUUUUGCGCCCAUCUUGGAAACGAUCAAAACAUCUUCUCUAGAGAAAUUCCAGCUCAUUGAAAUCCCUUAUCGUCGAAUGGCAGAAGCCUACCAACAUGCUAUGGUUGAGAUCUUGAAGAGCAAUUACACACUUGAGACGGCAUACAUCUGCUCGAAGUCGCCAUAUGAACGUCGCUCCCAAAAAUCAAAGAAAAGAGAGAUUGAGUACUAUACAACGCUCAACCAAAAUGGAAGAGCCCUGGUAGGAAACCCAGAGGCGCCCUUGGUGGAAAUUGUCAACAAUCUGGCACAAGCAGCCCAGCGAAGUGAACGAGUGAAUUCUUCCUGGACAUCAGCCAUCCCAGUUCUCUAUGGUCUUUUGAGGGAAGCUCCUGGAAAGUGGAUUGGUUCAACCUUGGGUGCAGAUUGUGACAAGCCGAGACGCCGCACUCUCAAACGAAAAUUUUCCCGCUUUCUAGAACGCUUCUGGGGAGCCUGA